AUGGCCUUGGAAGAAUAUGAAAAGCAUUUGAAUUCUGCUAUAAAGCGGGCAAGAGAAGAAUGGGAGGAAGCUACCCGUUUAGAGACAGAGAAGGCAAUCAAGGAGGCUUUAGAAAACUUCAAACAAGAGCAUCAAAUUCAAAGGCUAAAGGAAUUAGAAGAUAUGGCCAAUUGGGAAAAAGAGCGGAACUCGUUACAACAGCAAAUUUUAAAAGAAGAGAGCGUACGAAUUCGAACGGAGCUACUUCGUGGGUUUGCAGAAGAAAUUAGUGAAAUGUCUGAUGGUGAUAACAAAAUAAGAGUUCAAGAGGAAAAUGAUAAAGAUGUAUACUCUGAACUGAAAGAAUCGAUAGCAUAUGUGAAAAGUGUUUACGAAAAGAAAUUCAACUCGCAGAAAGUUAAAUACGAGGAUCAGGUUAGAACGUUAGAGGAAUGGUGGCAAAAGGAACAAAUUCGCGUUGUAGACGAGAAAAUUAAGGAUUGUAAGGUGAGACUGGAACAAAAGAUGAAUGACGAGAAAGAGGCAGCUUUAAAGGAACUAAAUGAGAACUGGGAAGCGAGGCUGGUCGAUGUUAAAGAAAAGGAAACAGAGCAUAGCAAAGACAGGAUUGAGCGGGAAUUGGAAAAGGCAAAAAGUGAAUGGAGGAACGAACUCGGCGAUUUGCAGAAGGAGCAUGAACUUGCUCUAAAAACUGCGAUUAGCGACAUAAGGUCAAAAGCAAGUACUGAAAGGGCGAACUUAGAGAAGGGAUUCAAAGAAAUUGUUCGCAGGUUGAGAAAAGAAAAUGCUGAAAAACUUGACAAGCAAAAAUCAGAACUGGAAGAAUACCACAAUACUUUAACAGAAAAGACAUUGAAGCUUGCGAGAAAAGAAUGGGAGCUAGAAAGUAGUUUCAGCGGUCAAAAUGCUUUGAAGAGGAGAGAUAAAAAGGCGUUAGCUGAAUCGACUCGACAUCAUACCCAAAGCCACGAAUUAGACACAAAUACGGAUCAUUCAGGAAAUUCGGAUUCUGGGUUUACUUCUCCGCUUUCUCGUGUUUUGCCUAGCACAAAGACUCCGACGAUUCAGAACAGUACUGAAAUCGGUUACAACGAGGGUGCAAGGCAGAGUCACGUUGUCAUGGUAGCUGGCUCGUCGCCUCCUUAUGAAAUUUUACUUUCUAAAAUUGAAGCUGAUAUGGUCACAGUGAGAGGAAACAAAACUGCUGCUAGUUGCGCAGUAGCGAAACAUAUUUUCACGCAGGUUUGUAGGUGCAACCCUCGCUAG